CGCCUGCGCCCCCUGCAGGUGCGCCGCGUGCUGGACCAGAUCCGCGGCCGCAGCUACGAGGAAGCCAUCAUGAUUCUGGAGUACAUGCCGUACAAGGCCUGUGAGCCGGUGCUCAAGACGCUGCUGUCAGCAGCCGCCAACGCGAAGCAGAACCUGGGCAUGCGCAAGGCCAAGCUGGUGGUCAGCGAGUGCUUUGCCGACGAGGGGCCGGUGCUGAAGCGGGCGCGGCCGCGCGCCCAGGGCCGUGCCUACCAGAUCAGGAAGCCCAUGGUGCACAUCACUGUCAAGGUGGCC